UGAUUCGAAGAAUUGAUAUAAAUACUGGUGAAGAAUUUCAACCAAGAAUCAUAUCACAUUCUCUUAUUUUAUUUUCAUUCGAAAACAUCAACAACCAACCAUCAACUAUCAACAUCAUGCUUCGAUUUACAAUUUGUUUGGCUUUGAUCGGUAUGGCAACAGCAACCGGUUAUAUGCCAUCAUCAAUGUGGAGUGGUUCAUAUGGUAGCAAUUCAUAUGGUCGAAAAUAUCUUUCCGGUAAUUCAUGGUCCGGUAAUUAUGGUCUUUUCGGUGGUAAUUCAUUAUUGAUGGCUAAACCAUCAUCAUCAUUAUUAUUGAAUACUGGUUAUUUGGCUGCUGCUCCAGCAGCACAAUAUUAUUAUGCUGCUGCUCAACCACAACAACAAUUAUUGUCGCAAAGUUAUGAACAUAGUGGACCAAUUGUUGCUGCUGUUAAUACUGAACAUAAAGUAUCAAUGUAUGAUGUACCAACAACAUUAUCAUCAUCACCAUCAUUGAAUAUUGAAGUACCAUCAUCAGCACCAACUGUUAAUUUUUUGAUGAAAUCCCGUUCAUCAAACAUUAAUGUUGAAAGUGUUCAUGAAGGUACUGGUGGAUCAUUGAAAGAAACUAGUUCCGAAGAUCAACCACAUAUUAAUCGUCAUACUGUACAUCGACCAAUUGUACAAGAAGUACGUGAAAUUAUUUCACCAUAUCGUCGUGUUGAACAAAAAAUUAAUCCAGUACAAGAACAAGUUGAAACAAUUGUUCCACGUGGUCAAGCUGCUUAUCAUCAACAACAACAACAAGUUGCUUAUGCUCAACCAGCUUAUGCUCAACAAACUUUGGUUCAACCAGCUUAUGCUCAACAAACAUUAGUUCAACCAGCUUUAGUUCAACCAGCUUUAGUUCAAGCUAAUGUCCAAGCUGUUCCAAUUGUUCAAACACAAGCUAUUGCAUCACCAAUGUAUGGUUAUGAUUAUGGUUUGAAUGAUUUCAGUGGUUCAUCAUAUAAACCACAACAAGAAUAAUAAUGAUAAUAACGUAAAAAAAUGCUGCCGUCAAAACAGAAAACAAAAAAA